AUGAGCAUCUCACUGCACACAGCAUGUUUAUUUGAGCAGGCUGGGCUGUAUGCACCUCUGUAUCCUAUGGGUGGAGACUAAAGGUUGUCUACAAAAAACUGCAGGCAACAAAGUCAUCUUAAUCGGCUACUGCCUAUUCAUCUCGGGGUCUUUAAAACCUGGAUUUUUCUAAAGAUUGUCGGAGUUAAUACCCCUUUGGAGAAAAGUGUGGUAAAUUGACUCGAUCCGUGCGUGUACAAGAAGAGACAUGAGUGAGGCAGAAGAGGUGCCUGAGGACGUGCCUGCAUACCUCCAAGAUGAACCAGCACCAACAGAUCCCAACAAGGACCACCCACAGCCACAGCCAGGUUUGUUUGGCAGGUUAGCAGGAGGGCUGUAUGGUGUCACCAAAGGGGCCGUUGGAGCCACGGUGGGAGGCGUGGCCUGGGUUGGAGGGAAGAGUUUGGACCUGACUAAGACCGCCAUGACCUCGGUUGCUGCAGUACCAGCCAUGGGGGUAGGCCUGGUCAAAGGAGGAGUGUGCGCUGUAACUGGAGGAGUGACAGCUGUGGGCUCAGCAGUGGUCAGCAAAGUUCCCAUUGGAGGAGGAGGCAAAAAGAAGGACAAGUCUGACUGAUGGGCAAUGGAAAUGUGGACGAACGGAUCAAUUUGUGAUAGUAAAGACCAACACAGGACUCACAAUUUCAGUGAAGGUUUGGUGAGGGGUGAAAUACUUUUUCUUUUCUUUUUUUGGUCAUUACAUUAGAUUGUGUGAGUGUGUUAAAUGUGAGUUUGCUGUUAGUCUCAUAUUCCUUUUAUAUAGUGUAAGGCCAAACAAUGCAAGACACAAUAAAGACUCCUGUUGUCUGUUGAAAUAAUGUUAUGAGUGUAAACAUGCUUAAGUAAAUUCUGCAUGUCUUUUUUUUUUGUUUAUUUCUUAGGUUUAAUAUAAGGCUGGUUUUGUUACCUUUUGCAAGACAAUCAGUGAUCUGUCCACUGCCGAGCAUUCUUUUGGGAGAGCACAGUAUUAUGUUUUCUGCAUUCUCCUUUGUGUUCUUUAUUGUUUAUUUUAAGUUGCCAUUUUUGUCCUAAUGCCCCACCCUUACACUUAUACACACACACACACACAUAUAUAUAUAUAACAAAUAGAAAGCUAUUUUGAUGAGGUGAACUAUUUUUACAGUUUAAUAAAUGAACCUAUUGAACUGACUGUUGCAGGAACCUUAAAAAAAAAACUUGACACUUUCUUUACUGUGACAUGAAUCCUCUCUGUGUCAUUGAGACAAGUUCUAUCUUCUGAACAAGAAGAAAAUCUGUUACAAGUGCAACUCCGUUAAGGUUUAAAUGCUCUUGUUUCAUUACAGUACAUUUUUCAAGUUUCAAAAACCUGCAUAUGAUUAGAUUUGAUUAUGUGCAUUUAACCUAGAUUUUUAUACAACUUUUUAACUUUCAAAAGCCUUGUGCUGUGCUUAAAGUAGGUUUCAAAGCUCUCAAAACAGUGUUGUUGAAUGUUGCAAUCUAAUAAUAUACAGAUGUUUGAAUAAAGAUGUGUAAAAAUG